UCUUCAACUUUUAAAUGAUAUAUGACCCCUUUGCCUCUCUUGGCUUUCACUCUUGUAAGAGACAUCGAUCACAUACUUCGACUUGACUCAGAGAGAAUGGCAACAAUCAACUCCAUCUUAGUACUCAAACUCACUGCCAUUUUCUGUCUCAUUAUUUUCCCACUUCUCCUAUCUUCAAUUAACGCUGAUCAAAACUCUAAUUUUCUCUAUGAUAAUGACGCCGAAGAUCAAGACGAAGAAUGGAUUCUUGAUACAGCAUUUUCUUAUGAUAAUUCAAGAGGCAAGUCCUUAUACGUUAAAAAAAUCAAGAAAGGUACGAGUUGUGACGCGAAAAAAUACAAUAUUUGCAAUGGGGUGCCAGCAAAUAAUGGAACGAGCAUGCUUUAUUGCUGCAAGAAGCAUUGCAGAAAUGUACUAGGAGACAUGAACAACUGCGGUGUAUGUGGGAAAAAAUGUAAGUUUGGACAACGUUGUUGUGGUGGGGUUUGUACUGAUGUCGUAUAUAAUCCUAUGCAUUGUGGCAAAUGUAACAAAGCUUGCUUGCCUGGAGUUCCAUGUGAUUAUGGAUAUUGUGGCUAUGCUUAGGGAAAUAUAUUCAAAGUUAUUAUACCGGAGAAUAUACAAGCUAGUUAGAUAGCACGAGCUCCAUAUUUAUUAUUCUCACUUUGUGAUUCUACGGGAUGCUGAUUACAUUGGAAAAUAAGUUUAGUAGGUCCAGUUCAUAGUACUAUAUUACUAUUACUGAGUUUCUUUUUAUUCUCUUUUUCCUGCUUUUGCAUAUAGGAGGAAGAGGAGGACAAGUUUUUGUACGUAAUAUUACACAUUUCAAACUCCAUUUCAUACACGGAGAAACACUAUUGACUAUGUUGUCAUUAAUAAAAGUAUGUGAUUUGUUCUUGGUA